AUUUUAUUUUAUUUUAUUUUAUUUUUCUUCUUUUUCUUCUUCUUCUUUAUUACCACUCUAUCAAUGUCUGAAACUUAUAGGAAAAGAGAUCGAUUCUGGAAAUUCAUCUUUCCUCAUUACAAACAACAACAACCACAAAACGAUAAUUACUAUAAUAAAAAUAAAUCAAAGAAUUCAAUUAAUCCUGUCCAUCGAGAUUCCGAACAAAAAAGUAAAAUAAAUUCACUUCAAAACUAUGCGAAAAAAAACUUUUCAAUCACUCUGGAUCCUGAAUUAUUUGAAAGUAUACUGGAAAAUAACAAUUGGGAUUCAAAACAAUCCAUAAUUGAUUUAACUGAUUAUGAGGAAGCAUCUCAUGGUAUCUUGGUUGAACCUCCUCGUACACCUGAUAGACUACUGUUAGGAUCAGAAAAUGAUGGUGGUACUUCAUGUUAUAUUGAUGCUUUAUUAUUUGCAAUGUUUAUUGCCAAUACUGCCUUUGAUCCAUUAUUGACAUACGACAUUCCAACGACAGAAGAAGAGGAUGAAAAGAAAACAAAGUUACAAAUGUUGCUGCGUUUAUUUGUGAAUAAACUCAGAAAGGGCCAUAUUAUAAAAGCAGAUUAUGUACAUUGGUUUCGUAAAGUAUUACAAGAAGUGAAUUGGAAUGGUAAAGACGGACAAGGUCAAUGGACACAAGAAGAUGCAAGUGAAUUAUUUUUGUUUAUUACAGAAACAUUUGAUUUGCCUUAUUUACCCUUUCAAAUUAGAUUAUUUCAUGGUGGAAACAAAGAUAAAGAUGAUGAUCGAGUCAUGACAGAUAGAACAUUAACAUUGUCUAUACCAGAUGACGACUCUAUAAAAGAGGUCAAGUUACAAGAUAUUCUCGUUGACUACUUUUAUAAUAAUAUCAUUACUGGCGUCAUGCGACACAUAGAUGAUAAUUUCAUAUUAUCCGAAAAUGUAGCUGCAUCUCCUACUGUCCAAACAUAUUCCAAUAACAAAAUUAUGUAUUCUGACAAUAACGACUUUGUUUCAUCAAUGACAAGAGAUGAAAAAUAUACCCUUAAAAAAUUAUUAGAAAAAAGUGAUGGUAAUGAUCAUCAAGAGCUAGAAGUACCAGUGACUGCAUGGCAGGUAUUAGAACUGUUACCAUUUUAUAGUGCAACAAAUGAACAGGGUGAGGCGAUUGAGACUCAAUUGGAUUCUUCUUUUCCAGAUACUCACAUGAUUUUACCCAUUGUCCUAAAACGGUAUCGAUAUGACCCCAAGACUGGAAAUUCAACAAAGAUGAAGAAACGAGUGGAGGUGCCUGUGACGAUUGACUUUAAUAAAUUUGUAAAUCAAAACGUUGAAGAUCCCAUGUGUCCUAUUUGUGGUCAUCUUGUCAAUUGGACACUUCAUUUUAAAAGCGCUGUUUGUCAUCUUGGUAAUUCACCCUAUAGUGGUCAUUAUAUUAGCUAUGCCCGUAUCACGACGGAUAAUAAUAAUAAUGUUGAGGAUUCCUUUUGGCUCAAAUUUGAUGACAUGAAUACAGAGAAUAGAGUGAUGCAGAUUAUAAAUGACGAGGAUGAUAAAAAUCCCUCUAUCCAGCAAAUCAAAGAAGAUCUUUCGGAAAAUGCUUACAUUUUAUUUUAUGAAUUGGAUAAAACCUGUCAUCAUCCCCCACUCCCUCCUUAUUAUUCUUCCAAUGAGGACGAUGAAGAAGAAGAGAGUAUCCAUACUAAAGAUGAUUUUAAACCAUCUAUAGAUCAGCGAGAAAAUUAUACAAAUAAAAAGAAAUCGAAAUCUCGUCAUCGUCGUCGUCAUCAGCAUCAUCGUCAUCAUUUUAAUGAAAGAUCUUCUCGCUUAAAAGAUUCAUGUAGAAUAAUGUAAUAUAGUAAAAAAAAUAACAAUAAUAAUAAUAAUAGUAGUAGUAGUAAUAAAAAUAGAUGGGUUAUAUUAUCGCUUUAAGGCAUUUAAUUCAUUUAAUAGUUCCGUCUUUUCCUUUUCC